AACUGUUGAUUGACAGGUAAGCUAACCAAUCAAAUUCGAAAACAAUGACGUCUGGUCUCGUCAUGAACCAAUCGUUUCAUGAAAUGGGAGGUUCCAGUGAGAAGACGCUCUGAAAAAGAUAAACCCUCAAAUCUGGUGGUGAAACAGCUGGAAAAGUUGUUAAUGUGCUAGUUCCUGAUGUAAAAAGUCACGAUGCUGAAAAGAGACGAAGAAGAGUCGUGUGAGGAUGUUUGAAAUAAUUUAGUGAACUGUUACAGCAUCAGAUGACAGUCUCUGAGAAAAAAAAUAUCCACUCUGAGAUUUCUUUUUAAUAUUUUCAAGAAUAUACCAUUUUUUUGGUCAAUCUAUAAGGACAUUUAGGAAAUCAUGGGAAGUUUUAAAGGCCAUGCAUUGCCUGGAAGUUUCUUCCUGAUCACCGGCCUGUGGUGGGCCGCAAAGCAGACAUUUCUGUACACCACCCGCAGGAAUAAAAGUGCUGGUGCAGGCAGACUUCCAUCUCGAGCAAUCCAACGGGGCAUAGAAAUCAUAGAAGGAGCUGUCAUUUUAUCAUUUUCUAUUAUAGGUAUGUUAGCAGAGCAGCUUUUGGCAGGUGGGCCCAAAUUUCAGCUAUAUGAUUCUUCCACUCAACACUGGGAGCAGCUGAUGAACUGGCAGCAUACCACCAUGUACCUGUUCUUUGCCAUUGCAGGGGCCAUAUCUCUCACUGUCCAUAGCAGAGACAUCGCCCCGCUAGCCUUAGACCGGAUGCUGCUGGCUCUUGCUUUCUUUAACGAGGGCCUCCUGUUUCUUUACCAUCUCCAUGGUAGAGAUAUGCUUGAUGUCCAUGUGCACACCCUUCUCCUCUAUGCCAUCUUUGGACAAGCUUUCAUUUGCCUUCUGGAGGUUUUCCACAGAGGUAAUAUUCUACUAGAACUGCUCCGAGCCACUCUCACCAUACUGCAGGGCAGCUGGUUCUGGCAGAUUGGUUUUGUGCUGUACCCACCCAGUCAAGUGAAAUGGGAUCAGAUAGACCAUGACAACACUAUCUUUGUCACAUUAUGCUACUGCUGGCACCUAGCGUUUGCAUUGCUCACUGUAGCUGUAGUUUACUUGUCUGUUCUCUGUGCUGUGCGUUCCAGACUAAGGAGGAUGCCACCCAUAGAAAUGGGGCUUUUGAAACCAAGGGAGAAAGAAGUAGAGUCUGAAGAUGAGAUUUUAUGAGUACUGUAUUUAUCAUCCUUACAAGUUCAAGCAAGUAUCCAAAUACAUUUGGACCUGAACCCAAAGAAAAGUAUCGAGACAGAGAUUGAGAGAUAGAUAUGAACAGAGAGGCAUUGUCACUAAAUAUUAGCUCUGCCUUAAUUUCCUGAAGAGCAGAUGGGAGAUGACAAACCGUGUCAGUCUUGCUUCCCAAGAUCUGUUUCAUCAUACUAUAACAAGUGACUCCAAGUAAAUCUCAAGAGCCAUAGUGUUAUAUUUCCCACUCAUGUUCCUAGUAUGAUCACUCCUGUGAUAGUAACAGCUCUGUCCAUGCCAAUAUGAUGUAUUGAUUAUUUUUGAGUCUUUGUGUACACUUUUUAUUGUCAGUGCAUUGUAUAUCUUACACUGUGUAAAUAUGAGAUUUUUUUCAUGUGCCUUGUCAGUAUUUUAUAUGUUGUUAAUAUAAUAUUUUUAUUAUGCUUUUAGGGGGUACUAUAUGAUCUACAUGCUUAAAUGUGUUAUAUUUUAAUGCCUCUGAGAUUUGCAGGUGUGUAAGACACUUUUUAAUUAUCAAAUGAAUAAUGCUUUUGCAUUUUCUUGAUAAUUCUUGUCAGCCAUAACAAUUCCUCAUCCAGUCUGCUGUUUGUUUAUGCCAUAGUAUUCUUUACCUUGACUGAAAAAGGGCCAUUGUACAGUAUGUGGAAUCUUCAAACUAUAGUAUCUUAUCACAUGCAUUUAUUGAUCGAUUUAAUUUAAUUUGACUUGAUAAUAAAAACUUUUUUUUU